CGAGUGCCGCGUCCUGCGGGCGGGAGCGCGCGCCGACGAAGCUCUUUCUGCUGCUGAUGCUUCUGCUUCUGCUUCUCCCGGCGCCACCUUCUCAUCUAUCUCCAACACCUUCUUCUUCUUCUCCUUUUUCCCUUUGAAAGGAGUGAGAGUGGAGGCUCAUUGCAAAGGAAGGAAUGGGUUGAAGGAAAAAAGAAAGAAGGAAGGAAGGAAGGAAGGAGAAAACAGGAGGAGGAGAAGGAAGAGUCGGGACCCUUGGAGCCACCAUGGCCAUUGACAUUACACCUGAAGCAAUUGGAUUCCUCUCUGCUGUUGGUGUCUUCAUUGUCCUCCUUGGAGUCCUCUUUCUCUUCAUCAACAAGAAGCUCUGCUUUGAGAAGAUCGGAGGUCUUCCCUGCUUGGAACAACCAGGGAAGCGUAGGCGCGACAAAGAGAAAUCUGGCGUGCGGGAGGGACUUGCUCACAAACCUCUAAAUCUGGCAUGCUGGCAAAGACGAACAGCUGGAAUUUAUAACCAUCAGAUUUCAUGUUCAUGGUGUCUGUGUAAAAGCAUGGCUUCUCAGGAUGUUGUGAACUUCUUCCAGCCUUUUUCUUCUUGGGUGUCGCAGUUCUUUGAGGCUCUCCAAGAAGCAGGUGACACCAUAUCUUCUUCAUUCACGAGUUUGGGAAAUAGAGCAAUUGAGGAAGAUGGAGAUAAAGACUUAGAAAACAGCGAUGGGUCUUAUGAACACCAUUCCGAAGGUUCAGACAAUGAAAGCACCUUCAGCCAGGACAGUGAGGAAUCUGAUCUCUUUCCAUCAUCCUGCCAUGAUGAACUGGAGUCUUCUUCUGCUUCAAGCUUGGGUCCAUAUUGGUAUGAGGGGAAAAGGAUCCAUCCCCAAGAGGAAUAUCUUGAUGAUGAUGAUUCUCUGGCUUCCUAUGGAGCAUGCCAAAGCUACAAGGGUUACCAAGUUAUGGAAACUCUUCCCACCAUCCCAGAGGAAGAGAAGCAUCUCCUUUGUAAGCAGAGCAAAAAUCUUCCACAGAUCAGGGAUGAUCUGGAUGGGUUCAGCCAACUGAGUUACCAAGACAACCUCUCUUAUCAUGAAGAUGACCGUCUAUCUUUCGAUUCAAGAACUGCAUCAGAAAGUAGAGGCUCAGGGCAAACGAAGGACCCCGAAAUGGAGGUUGGUGCAAAGCCGAGCCUCAGACGCCAAGAAACUGAAGGGAGCUUAGAAAUGGAGACAGCUUUUAGCAAUCAAGGAUUCGAGAUGAAUGAUGCUACUGACAGCUCCUCAGCAUGGACUCCGGAGGAACACGAAGGAGCAAAUGUGCUGCCGGCUCAUCCUAGCCCCCGUGAACCCAUUUGUAAGUGUGGAGACCUAGAUAUCAUCUUUGAUUAUAGACCUUCGACCCAGAAGCUGCUGGUGACUGUCCUGGAGGCGAAGGAUAUUCCUGACAAGGACCGCAGCGGAGUGAGCACUUGGCAGGUCCAUGUGGUCCUGAUGCCCAGUAAGAAGCAGAGGGGAAAGACCAGUGUGCAGAGAGGCCCCAGCCCAGCAUUCAAGGACAAGGUCACCUUUACCAAGUUGUCUCCCGAGGAGCUGAGCCGCUACGCCAUCCGCUUCCGGCUUUACUCCGUGCGCAAAAUGAUCAAGGAGAGGAUGAUGGGUGAACAGCUCUUUUAUCUUAGCAACCUCAAUCAAGAGGGAGAAAUGAAGGUGACAUUGGUUUUGGAGCCAAGAAGCAAUUUGUGUAGUGGGGGUUCCCAAAUCAGCCUGUCUGCCAUCUCUCACAGUGACAGCGCUUCUUCAAAUCAGUCCCUGUCACAUGGAGGGGUUCCAGAACUACUGGUCGGCUUGUCUUACAAUGCUACAACAGGGCGAUUAUCGGUAGAAAUGAUCAAAGGAAGCCACUUCCGGAACCUUGCUGUUAACAGGCCACCAGAUACCUAUGGAAAGCUCUGCCUCCUCAACUCGAUUGGCCAGGAGAUGUCCCGUUGCAAGACGUCCGUCCGCCGAGGACAGCCCAAUCCUGUCUACAAAGAGACUUUUGUCUUUCAGGUUGCCUUGUUCCAGCUGUCAGAUGUCACACUGAUGAUCUCCAUCUACAACCGGCGGAGCAUAAAGCGCAAGGAGAUGAUCGGCUGGCUCUCCAUGGGUCAGAACAGUAGUGGAGAAGAAGAGCAGAACCACUGGCACGAGAUGAAAGAAUCCAAAUCUCAGCAGAUUUGCAGGUGGCACACUCUCCUGGAAUCCUAAAGGAAGUCUCGACCAUUCCUGUAUCGUGUGCUAAUUCUCUCUAUCUAAGCCCAAAGCACAGAGGUUGUCUCCCUGACAUUUGACAUAGAAAGGAUCAUCUGUUUACAUCAUCACUGAACUUCCAAUGCUCUAAUGUCACAAUUAUUGUCUUUUGCACUUUGUUUCCAGUAACGAGUGGGAAUCUCUUCGAAAAAGAGCCAAGUAACAGACCAAGGGAGAGCAGAAAGAUAGAGUCUGAUCAAUAUUGUAACUCAGCACCAAAUGUCAUUUCAAUUUCUUCAACAUCUAGGAGGUAGAUGUUGCUUUUCCUCUUGGGAACUUAGUCCCAAAGAUAAAUCUGGUUGUGCUCAGAAGAAAAGGGACUGAAAAAUACACAAGGGAAAAGUAGGCAACUUCUGGAAAACACUUCGGCACUUCUUUUGAAUGUCAUUUUUUUCAUUCAGAAAUGUCCAUAGGGAGUUGGAAUACUAUUUAUCUAGUUGCAAUGUUUGAAAUGUGGUUUAAAAAACCCCUAAUGGAAUAUUUACCAAAUAUUAUGUGGAAUUACAUGGUCUGGGUCAGAUUAUAUAUUCAAGGCUGGCUUCAGGAGCUGCAAGGUAGACUUGUGAGAAAGUGAGUAAUAGAUUCUAGAUUUGCCUUUUUCUAAUUCUUCCAGUAUCCAGUAGACGUGAUUCUUCUGUCUUCAAGCAUAUGAGUGUUAAACACUUUGAUUCAAAAUACAAAAAAGAGAAAGUCCAUAUAAAUAUUAGGAAGAACGUUCUGACAGUAAGAACUGUUCAGCAGUGGAAUAUGCAUCCUUGGAGUACAUUGUCGUCUCCUUCUCUGAAGGUUUUAAAUAGAGGCUGGAUGGCUAUUUUUUUGGGAGUUCUUUGUGCAUUUUGGAAUGGUUGAAUGGGGUUGGAUAGAAUGACCUCAACUCUGUGAGUCUAUGAAUUUGAUUUUUUUCCUUAGAAACUUAGACUCUCCAAAAAUCAGUUGUGGACUCUCACUUUCCUGUGUCUGGCACAUACAUUGGAAGGGGGCAUGGACACUGUCAUCAUAUGGUUUCAUCACUAGAUGGUGCUGUGCUUGGUUCUGGCCUUUGGGGACAGGGUUUCUGGCAUACCCUACCAGCAUGAGGAAGUAGCUGCAUCUGUCUUACACAUGAUUUCAUGCUUGUAUAAUGCGUGGUUGAAACACUUCAGAGUAGCAGUUCUUUCUUCACCUACACACCCACAGGAUUCUUGUGAUUGCCAUGGCGACAUCUCUCUUAGCUUUCCCUGCAGCUGGAGUGUUUUAUUUGGCGACAGGAGAAAUGUAGGCAAUGAUGUAAUGGCCAACUCAUAGAGUAGGAAACAACAUUGCAGAGGGCAAGUAAGAAGAGCAUAGGUCAAAGCUACAAAGGCUGGGAUGCUGUGAGUUCAUCUUGUGCAGAGCUUCAAAAACAAUGGUUUUCAGUCUGCAUUCUCAUGAAACUGGGACGGAAACUAGGGUCCCUUGGUGGAAAGGUCUGCAGCAGCAUUUAAGCAAUCUCUGAAAAAUUGUUAUGUUCAGCCCCAGUGGAAAAUGUAGCACAUUAUAGUUAGAGCUUGGAAGAGUCUUGUUUCUGUUGGACUGCACUCCUAGAUUUUCCAUAUCUGCAGGACCACUACCUAUGUACCUUUACUUUUCCAAGAUAAGUAUGACUUUGCUAUCUUAUGCCUGCUUCAGCUGAGCAAGGAGUUGUCAUCCUUUUGCUUUACAAAGAUAUGUGCAGAUGGACUUCCCAUAGCUAUCUUGGCCAAGCUAACACCUAUGUCCCAUUACUCUGCCAAGAUAGAUGUUGCUGGGACUGGUGUGGCUGGACUUUCCACAUCUAUCUCAGUGGAGUAUUCAACUCAGGGUUGAGCCUAGGUGGCCUAGCUGUUCCCAGUUUGGUGGACAAAAGACAUGGAGGAGUUUAUUAUCACCUUUGGUUUUGCAUAUUUAUGUAAAGUCCUAUAAGGAAUCCUCCGUGGACAUUGAAGUCAUACUCUAAUUUGUCGAUAAUAAUAGGAAGAUACGACAUUGCCUUAUAAUAUAAAGUCAGACAUUGAAUACUGUGUCCAGUUCUGGGCACCACAAUUCAAGAAGGAUAUGGACAAGCUGGAAUGUUUGCAGAGAAGAGCAUCAGAAAUACAAUAGAGUCUCCCUUAUCCAAGCUAAACGGGCCAGCAGAACCUUGGAUAAGUGAAUAUGUUGGAUAAUAAGGAGGGAUUAAGGAAAAGCCUAUUAAACAUCAAAUUAGGUUAUGAUUUUACAAAUUAAGCACCAAAACAUCAUGUUAUACAACAAAUUUGACAGAAAAAGUAGUUCAAUACGUAGUAAUGUUAUGUUGUAAUUACUGUAUUUACAAAUUUAGCACCAAAAUGUCAUGCUAUAUUGAAAACAUUGGCUACAAAAAUGCGUUGGAUAAUCCAGAACCUUGGAUAAGCGAGUCUUGGAUAAGUGAGACUCUACUGUAGUAAUAAGUCUAAAAGCAAAGCCCUGCUAAGAGUGACUUAGGGAUCUGGGUAUGUUUAUAGCUUGGAGAAAAUAAGGCUGAGAGGAGACAUGAUGGACAUGUUUAAAUACUUGAAAGGGUGUCACAUGGAGGGUGGGAAGCUUGUUUUCUGCUGCUCUAGAGACUAGAAAAUGAUCUAGUGGAUUAAAAUUUCUUGAAAAGAUAUUCCACCUAACAUUAGAAAGAACUUCCUGAUGGUUGAAGCUCUUCGGCAAUGGAAAAUGUUGCCUUGGAGUGUGGUGGAGUCUCCUUCUCUGGAGGUUUUUAAGCAAGUCUGGAUAGUCAUUCUGUCCGGGGUGCUUGGAUUAUGUAUUUUUGCACGAUGGGAUUGCACUGGAUGGUCAAUGUGGACUCUUCCAACUCAAGGAUUCUAUGAGUUGGCCCAUGUAAAACAAUAUGGUCUACAUCAGGCAUGGGCAAACUUGGGCCCUCCAGGUGUUUUGGACUCCAACUCUCCAAAACACCUGGAGAGCCCAAGUUUGCCCAUGUCUGAAAUAAAGAGUAGCCCUGUUAUCUGGCCAGCUAUUUUGGGCCCUUGUGCAUGUAAUUCAUGGUUGCACUUUUGAACUGUGUCACUUUCUUCCUCAUAAACCUGCCUCCAUCUCAAUUGUUUUUCCUAAUAUUAGGUAGGAUAGAGUUGAGAAAAAAGGACCCUCCAGAUGUUGGUCUCCAAUUUCCAAUAUUUCCUAUCAUUGGCAAUGCUGGCCAAAAUUGCUUAUCUAGGCAGGCGUGCAGAAUGAUAGAAUCAGAGUUGGAAGAAACCACAAGGUCAAGCCAAUCCAACCCUUCUGCAAUGCAGGAAUACACAAUCAAAGCACUCCUAACAGAUGGUUAUCUAACCCCUGUUUAAAAACUCCAAGGAUAUUCCACCAGACUACCAGGCAUCAUAUUCCACUGCUGAACAGCUCCUAUAAUACAGUAGAGUCCCACUUAUCCAACGUAAACGGGCUGGCAGAACAUUGGAUAAGUGAAUAUGUUGGAUAAUAAGGAGAGAUUAAGGAAAAGCCUAUUAAACAUCAAAUUAGGUUAUGAUUUUAUACAUUAAACACCAAAACAUCAUGUUAGACUACAAAUUUGACAGAAAAAGUAGUUCAAUAUGCAGUAAUGCUAUGUAGUAAUUACUGUAUUUACGAAUUUAGCACCAAAAUAUCAUGAUGUAUUGAAAACAUUGACUACAAAAAUGCGCUGGAUAAUCCAGAACGUUGGAUAAGCGAGUGUUGGAUAAGUGAGACUCUACUGUAUAUAAUUUAUAGCUGUGUUGUAGGGAUACAGUUUUUUAAAAAUUAUUUUUGAUUGCUUCCAUUAAUUAACAAGUUUUAAACAGAAGUUUGUUUUUGUUCAUUUUAUUAAUUUAUUAAAAUCUUUGUAUUCCAUGCUAUACGCAAAGGUCUCAGAGCGCUAUUUAAUAAAAUCGGUUUAAGAUAACAAUGAAAAUAAUUGUUUAAUAUAAUUAUAUUAAUUUUAAAAGGCUAUAGCAUAGAUAUUCUGAAUCAGUUGUCACUUAAAUCACAGUCUAUUUAAAACAAGUUUAAAUAAUGCCAAUCACAGCACAUGUAUAAAUGGGAUAAAAUCAAUUUGACUUUGUAGAGUCGUGGUGGCAUAAUGGGUUAAACCCUUGUGCCGGCUGAACUGCUGACCUGAAGGUUGAUUUGCUGACCUGAAGGUUGCUGGUUUGAAUCCACGAGAUGGGGUGAGCUCCCGUCUGUCAGCUCUAGCUUGCAGGGAUAUGAGAGAAGCCUCCCAGCAGGAUGGUAAAACAUCCGGGCGUCUCCUGGGCAAUGUCUCUGUAGAUUGCCAAUUCUCUCACACCAGAAGUGACUUGCAAUAUGUUCUCAAGUCACUUCUGACACGAUAAAAAAAUAGACUUCAAAAGCUCUAAUAAAAAGCCAUGGCAUGACUUGAUGCCAGAAGGACACCAGCAUUGGCUGAGAGUAUUCUGGAACAAAUUUAGGUUUGUUUUGAAUCCACGUACUUAUGAAAGAAAGUUGCUGAAGAUGAGUAGACUGCCUCUUUUGAAAUAAAUGCGUAUUAUGAAUCAUGUAGCCAUUAUCAAAGAAGUGAAGUAGAUUUCUUGCUUCAGAAAGAUGGCUUUUUAUAGGCCAAGACGUAGGCAGAUUUAUUUGACUGGCUCAAACCCGUACCUUUAAUUGGCUUAAUAUUUUGGGUAUCUAUGGAGUGGGCAGAUGUAUUUGAAGAAGAUGGAUCUCUUUCAAGCCACAGCAGCCAAUUCAUUGAUUUGAUCCCAUUUCUGGUUCCCUUCCUCUAUCCUUGAAACUACAACAGUUUUGUUUCUCUCUUCCCACUUUCUUGUUUUGUAUAAUCGCUGACAGCUAGCAUCCUGGAUCAUACAGAUGAGAUCAUUAGCUUAGCUAUGAAUAUUAUUAAUUUUUCUCCGGUUCAUUGAAAUAAAACAUCUUUUUCUUCCACUUCAAACUGGGAGUUAGGGAGGAAAGAUACCACCAGAUGUAAAACAAGUAAAGAAUAAAUCCCAUAUAUACCCUCCGAAGUGCAUUUUGCUGCAAAUAAUCCCAAAGCAACAAGCAGCCUCUCCACCAACAUCAUGUAGUUUUGCAAUGCUUUAAGCCCUUUUUGCCAAAAAGCUGCUGGGGCCUUCUCAAACUACAAAUCCCAGGAUUCCAUAGCAUUGAGUGGUGUCAAACUGCGUUAAUUCUUCAGUGUAGAUGGAUUUCAGGCAAGAAAAGGGAACAUACAUUCCACUCCCUUAUCCACACAAAGGAACUUCUUUUAUAUCUUGCUAAACACAGAAGCACAGAUCAACUGAUUGGUACGAAUGAAAGCUUGUGUUACUAUUAAUAGUUUCUUCAUGAUUACAUCCAACUUUAAAAAGCACAGUUUAUAGGCAAUAUCUACAUUUUAAAAUCAUUGUUUUCUUCUCGCAUCAGAAUGUUCUUGAUCAAAUGUGUGCAUUGUUUUACUUUUUACUGAUGGAAACAAAAUGUACCUCUCAAUUUUUUUGUUGGAUUUUCAUUUUCUGGGAGCUGCAUCUGAACAUGGAAUAUUAAACUUACAACCUUUCUCUUAA